GCAGCUCUUCGUUCCUGGCUUUGCUCUGCAUUGCGCAUUCACGAGGCAGGCGCAUCGUGCUGGUUUGAUAGUCAUAGUCAUCGUGUUCUUCUCGUCGUCGUCCUCGUCGUCGUUGUCGUCGUCGUCGUCGUCGUUGUUCUCCUCCUCUUUGUCCUCGUCCUCGUCGAUAUUACCGUUGAAACGAUUCGGUUGAUUUUUAUUAAAAAAAAACAAAAAACUCUUCUUCUCUUUUUUUGUUUUCCUUUUUCUCGAUUCUCUCGAUUAAGAUCGAGAGUAAAGAUCGUGCCAAGUCGUGAAAAAGAAUUUGAGAGGGUCAUCAGCCCGGGUAAUUCUCUUCCUACACGAACGGCGAUAUCGAUAAAUUCGAAGUAAUCCUCGAUAAAGGACAAUGUGGGGUAGAGCUAGCAUGGCUGCUGUGAUUUUAUUCCUCGCUUGGUUGUGCAUUUUUGUUCCUUGCCAUGGAAGUAACACCGAACUUACACCAUCGGAUAUGGAAACAUCUUCUACGGAUGCUGAAGCAGAAACCAUUUUGGAACGUGCUACUGCUUGGCUAUGGAGUCAACGAGACAAAGAUGCUGGAUGGGGUAACGAUACUCACAGGGUGAUUUUGGUUCUUCGUUUGGGUAAUCUUUCACGUAACGAUAACGUGGCAUUACCAGCUCCAUUAGAAUUGCAAUUGAGUUCCAAGGAAAUGGAAUUGGAAAUAGUUCUUUUACUUUGGAGACAUAGGGAAGUUGGUUUCUCUCCAGUUCGUUUGGCUCGUUAUACUUUGGCUUUGAAUGCUAUGUGCAUGGAUCCAAGACAAUUUCAUGGACACGAUUUGAUCGGAACAUUGCAACAUCACGAGCCACCGACCGAUUAUGAAUUCGCACUUACCACAUUGGCUGCGUGCAGUGCUCAAGCUCACGUACGUAAACGACAGAUACGACGUUUGUUGGAUAUUGCUAAUGCUUCACAAGACCAUAAUGUUGAUACCGUGGCUAUGGUAAUACUGGCACUGAGAUGUAUCGUACAAGAUCAUAGACAUAGAAAUUUACAUCAUUUCGUUCGAAAGCCAUCAAUCGGUUUGGCUCAACAGCAAAGGUUAGACGGUAGCUUUGGUGAUCUUCAUACAACAGCAUUAGUCAUGCAAGCUUUAGAAGAAGUCGAGAACGAACCUACGGACAAUUGGAAUAGAUCAGCGGCAUUGGCAUGGUUGAUGAGUCAACAACGUCCGGAUGGUUCCUUCAACGGUGAUAUUCGUGCUACUGCCGAGGCACUUCUUGGUGUUUCACCACGUGGGCUAGCUAGUAUUCGUGCUCUUGAUUGUGGACAGGGUUUGACCGAUAGUUCUCCACCUAGACUUACAACGAGCAAUAGAGUUGCAGAUUUGGCGACCUUAGAGAAUCACAGUCAGACGUUAGCAGCAACGACAAGCGGAAGUAACAUCAGUAAUACAGAUACCAUUAUAACUGGUACCUCGGUACCGAUCAUGGUUAACGUUUCAUAUACACUUUGGGUCGGAAGUAACGUCAACGAAACCUACGAUUUAACGGUUUCUGCACCGAAGAACGAGACCUUCUAUGGCGUGAUGCUUUUAGCUGCUGAUAUGUCACCGCAUUUUCAAUUCGCUGCAUCGGAAUGGCCAAAUGGACACUAUGUGCAUACGUUGGCUGGUUAUAAGGAAGAACCGAUGUCUUAUCAUUAUUGGUUACUCUAUCGAUUACCAACAUUACCGGAUCCUUCCUCGCCACCUGGAAAUCAAUUGGUUGCACCUGGAGGUGUCGAUGAUCUCCAAGUCAGCGAGGGAGAACAUUAUCUCUUUUGGUACAAGAAGCUAUGAACUGUGUACAAGAGACUGAUUAUCGAAUAAGAAGGAUUCGAUAAAAUAGAAGAGAUCAGCGAUAAAUAAAAAGAGAAAUAUAGAAUGUAUGCUUAUGGAAGAUAUUUAGUAUGAAUGUUCAUGCAUCUGUUCUCGUCUGUAUGAAUGUUCAUGCAUCUGUUCUCGUCUGUAUGAAUGUAUUUGAGAGAAAGAAAGAGAGAGAGAGAGAGAGAGAGAGAGAGAGAGAGAGAGAGAGAGAGAGAGAAUAAGAGAGAGAGAGAGAAAUAGUGCGAAACUGAUAUUUCGGAUUACUAGAGCGAGAGCAGAUAGUACUCACUGCCAUUGCUAAACCGUAAAGCAUAUUCACCUAAGCACGUAUUCGUGCCCAGCCGCUCGUAGUUUCAAGGACAAACCCCUCGCCCUCCAAGAACGGUAAGAAAGGAUUGGCAGUGAUUUCUUAAACUCCGUUCUAGUGACUGUUUAUCGGGUCCGGUAUUAAUCUAAAGAUGAAGUACGUUCCAACAUUACCGGACCAUAUACAUAUAUCAAGGAGAAACUACGCGACUCGUUAUUUAAGCUACGAAGAAUACCGUUUUCUAUGAAACUGCAAUGCACAACCAUAUUGUAUUAUGAUAUAUCGUAUUAAUUAAUAUUUAAUAAAUCCGAUACUCAUACGU